AUGGCUAGAUGGAAAAUUCUACUCUCUAAAUUUGACAUAAUCUAUGUGAGCCAAAAGGCCAUGAAAGGAAGCACAAUAGUAGAUUUUCUGGCUAGCAGAGCUCCAGAAGAUUAUGAUCCCUUGAAUUUUGAUUUCCCCAGUGAAGAGAUAAUGUAUGUGGCAGCUACUGAAAAGGACACUACAAAAGAUCAUAUUUGGAAAUUGAACUUUGACAGAGCCUUAAAUGAUGUGGAGUAUGAGGCAUGUAUCAUGGGACUCCGUGUAGCCAUAGAACGCAAGAUUAGAGCGCUGGAAGUAUAUGAAGAUUCCGCACUAGUGAUUUACCAACUAAGAGAUAAGAGAUUCCAAAUUGAUCAAUUAUCGAAGAUGGCAGAUGCUUUGACUACUUUGGCUUCCAUGAUCAAAGUAAGCAAACAAAAGAAUAUAAAACCCAUUCGGAUGAGUGUUUAUGAAGCCCCAUCUCAUUGUUCCAACAUGGAGAAAGCAGAGAUGACCACCCUUGGUAUCAAUAUAUAUUGCGAUAUGUGA